UCCAAGUUCCAAGGUGGCAUGGUGGCACACCAAGGCUGUCAUCCCAGCCUCUGGGAGGCUGAGGCAGAAGGAUCUCAAGUUCAAACUCAGAUCAGCCUGAGCUGCUUGGCAAGACCCUGUGUCGAAACAACAAAACAGCAUCAAAGCUCAACACUCUCUCCCAGGCCCAAGAAGCAUGACUUUAGAAUCCAGCUUCCACCCCUACACCUAGAAUCCCAGGCUCUGCAUUUCACCGUUUUUCUGUGCUUGUCCUCCUGUCCCCUCCCUUGAGGAACUGCCCCUGGGUGGAAUUCCUCCUCACAGACUCAGACAAUGGCUUCAGACUAAUAAACGCUCAUUAGACUGACCCAGUCUGGCAUCACACCUGCCACCAGGGCGUCCAGCCUGUAAAUCUGACCCUCCACUGCCUCUCACUCCACUCUGCCCAACCCCACCCCAGACCCAGGCUGGGCCAGGAGCUUAUAAAUGCAGGCUUUCAGGCAUCUGCUCCCCUUCUGGCAUCCCAGCUGCUCUGGAUGUCACUGGAGGACCUGGAGGGGGUGAGAUCUUUGAGAAAGAGCUUGGGAAAGUGGGUGGGGGUGGAGAGGGGACCCUGAAAGUGCCUUGGUCUCCAGGAGUCACAGACUACCCUGGAGGGCCAGUUGUCAAGGGCAUUGGGUCUUCGGUGUCCUUUUCCUGUAGCUUCAAGUUGAAUCUGAACCAAGAAAAUGUCUCGAAGCUUCUAGAAAGAGCCUGGGCUGAAGGGGGAGGAAGGGAUGGGGUGACUUGGGAGGACGUCCCUGAGAACACUUGUCAUGGAGCCAAGGACAUGGUCAGCAGUUAUCACAGGUCAAAUCAGUUCAGAACAACUUCCCUGAGGUGUCCCCAGUGCCAGGUCCCAGGUUGAACAGAGCUGGGGACAGGAAAGUCUGACCUGAACUCCAUCUUCCUCUAGGAUGAGGAGUGGGAGCAGGCAAGUCUCAGUCUCUGCAGUCAGUGCUGCCAUGCAGGGGCGGGAUGGACACCACAGGAUCUUAAUGUCACCCCCUCUGCCUAACAGUGUCUUAGAAGUGUCAGGCUGAGCUGAAAGAGUAAAUAGCAAGAUGAAAGAUGGAAAGGACUGGAAUUCACCCCCCAAACUUCCUGAGGGCUCUCUAUGGGCCAGAUCCUAACACUGGCUGGUACCUGGGGAUCCAGGGCCAGUCAAGUGGGGUCUGCUCCAAAGGAGUUCUCAGUCUGAUGAGGAGACACCACAGAGAGUCAGGGGAGGGGUCAGAGAAGGUCCAGGGGGAAUAAGCUGAGCAAAGUCAGGGUGUAAAACUGCAGAACCAAAGUCCCGCACUGCCUGUACCAGGAAGGUCCAAGAAACCCAGCUGGACAGGCUGGAAGGGGCAGAGGCAUUUCUGUCCUUCAAAGUACUGCUGAGAAUAUGGGGCUUUAUUUGGGGGCUAUCAGAAGUCCAUGGGAGGCUGAGAGCAGGAGAGAGGAGCCCGCAGCUCUUGUGUGGAAAGACCCUGUAGAAGCCAGGUGUGGUAGUGAAUACCUGUUAUUCUGCACUUGAGAGGCUAAGGCAUGAGAGUGGAGAGUUCAAGACCAGCAUAGGAAACUUAGUGAGACCCUGUGCGUUCCUAGAAUCCACCAGUGAGGGUCAAGAGGCAUGGCUCAGGGCAGUUAGCCAGCGUAGGUCAGGCUCUGGUGUCCAAGGGGAAGGAGAGAGGAGAGGAAGGAGGGAAGGAGGAAGGGAGCUUAGCUCUCUAGGGCUUUGUGUACAGAACAGACUACAGAACAGUAGACUUAAGGGGACCCAAGAGUCCCCAUGGGAACCUGGAUAGAGUCCUGAUGAGAGACCCAGGGGCCAUGGGGAUGAGAGAGACCCAGGGCGCUAUAGAACGAUGCUGGGGUCUGCCAAUGCUGAAAGGAACAGAGGACCCUCCAGAGAUAGGUACUAGGAAGGAGCAGGGUGGAGGCUGCCGAUGGAAGGCAGGGCAGUAAAAGUGGGUUUCUUAGUCUAGCAGAGCGCCCUCCACCUGCCAUCUCAGCAGUUAAGAGGCUGAGGCCGGAGGACCACGAGUUUGAGGUAAACCUGGGAUAUACAGAGGCAAGUGUGUCAUAUACAGGGAUGCAUUUCUGUCUGCAGGGAUGGUGAUGGGGACAGACGGACCCAGCCUCACCCCAAUUUUUGUCAUCCUCCCCGCCACCAGAUCUCCAAGCCCAGGACCCUCCUUCACAAUGUGGCUUCUCCUUGCUUUCAUCUUGCUGGUGUCUGCAGCUCAGGAUGGUGACAAGGUACUGGAAGGCGAGGAGUGUGCGCCUCAUUCACAGCCGUGGCAAGUGGCCCUCUUCGAGCGCGGCCGGUUCAACUGUGGCGCUUUCCUAAUCUCCCCACACUGGGUGUUGACGGCUGCCCACUGCCAAACCCGUUUCAUGAGAGUGCGCCUUGGCGAGCACAACCUUCGCAAGCAUGAUGGCCCAGAGCAAAUGCGAUCCGUUUCUCAAAUCAUCCCACAUCCCGGCUACGAGGCUCGCACCCAUCUGCACGACAUUAUGUUGCUGCGACUUCUCCAGCCUGCCCGGCUCUCACCUCAGGUGCGCCCUGUGCCUCUGCCCAUGCGCUGCCCCUUUACCGGCGAGGGCUGUGUGGUGUCAGGCUGGGGCCUGCUAUCAGACAACAAGCCUGGAGCCACAGGGAGUCACAAGUCACAAGUGAGACUCCCGGAUACAUUGCAUUGUGCCAACAUCAGCAUUAUCUCCGAGGCAUCUUGCAACAAGGACUACCCGGGUCGAGUGUUGCCCACCAUGGUGUGUGCUGGUGUAGAGGGCGGUGGCACGGACUCCUGUGAGGGUGACUCUGGAGGACCCUUGGUCUGUAGUGGUGCCCUGCAGGGCAUCGUAUCCUGGGGUGAUGUCCCCUGCGAUACUACCACCAAGCCUGGCGUCUACACCAAAGUCUGCAGCUACAUGGAGUGGAUCCGGGAAAACAUGAAAACAAGAAACUGACUCGUUGGUCCACCACCUAGGUCCCUCACUAACCACCUGGGACCCUGACCAAGAAUUCCCCGUAGCCAGCCAGCAGGCCCAUUCCUACCGGAGACAGAGCUGAGUCCUCCUGCACAUUGACAUACACUGUUAGCCAGGGCCCCACCCUCCCGAGGUCACCUGCCGAACACCAAGAAAACAGUGUUUUCCCAACACUCUCGAGGCAGAAGCAGGCAGAUCUCUGAGCUCAAGGCCAGCCUGGUCUAAAGAGUGAG